AUGGCCACCCCGUACAUAUGCCAAAUGAGUGGGGCGAUGGCGGGAUCCUCCUGGGGUGCGCUGACUCGCGCCCAGUGUUUCGCCGCGGUGGCAGCUUGGGAGCAGAGCGGCAACUCUUGCGAGAUUUUGUAUACCGACGCGCCACACGACGGCAGCUUGGGAACCGCGUGUGCUUGCAUGCCUGACGACGCGAUGACGUCGGGGGUCUGUUCUGAACAGGCUGGAGCCAGGGCCAGUGAGGGGUCGUCCAACUUCCAGGUCUUCCGGAAUCAGAGAUACACCUGUGAGACUGGGAGCGGAAUCGCGUGCAAGAGCUGCGUCUCGCCGCAAUCGCGAUUGGCGCAAGACCAUUGCGAGACCCGCAACGAUGGCUUUCAGCUGGCCGGCUACUCGUGUACGCCGGCCGGUCCGACGCCCAGCCCGACGCCAAGUCCGCCGACGCUCAGCCCGACGCCCAGCCCGACGCUCGGCCCGACGCCCCGCCCGACGCACAGCACCCCAUCUGGUCGGCCUGGUGCCUGGUCGCAGGCCGUGUGCAAGGCUUUCGGCGAUAAUGGGAACUCAGGGCCCAUGUUCCUGGCGCCAUCUGUGACGCCCGCGGGCGUGACCGGAAUGCAAUGGUUUCGUCAGCCGAACAACAAUGCCAAUGCAACUUGCGGAUGCAUUGUCCGCAGCGUCGACGGCGGCGUGGGAGGUUUCUGGACAUCUGCGCUUUGGUGCUCGACCGAGUGUUCGGCUGGAUCCGAUACCAGCUUCGGCCCCACGACCCCGGAGUCGCCAACGAACAUCGGUGAACUAUGGUAUGUGACGCAUGGAUGCCCCAGCAAUGGUCACACUGAGGUCUGCGUGCGCGCCAGAUACUUCCUCCAGACGCCCAGCCCGACGCCGUGCCCGCCCGACCCGUCUGGUGGAUGCCAGAAGUGGGACUUGAGUGGCUGGUAUGACGGUGCGUAUAAUACGGUGCUGCAGCCAUGGAGGUCGCCGAAUGGGAAUGCCUGGACGUGGGCUCAGUGCGCAGCGGAAUGCGCUAUGUCUGCUACGUGCGAGUUCUGGGCGCUGCAACUCAAUGGUAACCAGAAAGGCCUGUCAAUGUCUAACAUUGGCGACUAUAGGGGCGCGGGGGGCCAUUAUUCAGGCGUGAAGAUGACGGGCUGCGCGCCCGGCCAGCCAGACGCCCCGCCCGACGCCGCGCACGCCGCGCCGCCCGGCGCCUACCCGAUGUCGAGCCCGACGCCCACCCCAGCGCCAAGUCCGCCGACGCCAGGCCCGACGCCAAGUCCGCCGACGCUUAGCCCGACGACAAGCCCGACGCCCACCCGACGUUAA